AUUCCGAUUGCAGCGAAAAAUGGCAGACAGCCGACCACGAAAAAAGAUCAAGAAAGGACAUUCUUUUUAUCAAAUUCGCAAUCGCGUGAAUAAGCACCAAGAUUUAGUCUCAAGAACAGUAGAAAAUCUUUAUUCAGAUGAAUGGAUUACAUUUUGCUUUGUGAAAUUAAUAAGAUGUAACGCGGCAUACUCUUGUUGUUUUUCUAAAGCUUGGUGUGUAACAAAAAGAAAUCUUGAUGAAACAGAUGAAAGUAAACGAGCAAUAGUUAGGUUUCCAAGUUUAUUUGAUGUGAACCUGGUCAAGCAAUUCAUGAAUGACACCGAUGAUAUCGAAAGUAGAAUAACAGACAGCCAACUGACAGCUUUCAAACGAUUGGCAGACUUUCUAGACACAAUUGAUGAAACUGAGAGAGUUUUAAAAGCAUGGAUGCAUUCAGCCAAAAAAGAAAGUGUAUGGGCAACAGUACUAGCAGUCCAUGUGUUAAGAAAGCUAGCAGUUUUUAAUGAGAUGACAAUAGAUUCUGAUUAUGGUUACAAACAGAAGGAAUGUCCCUGUUCCUGUGGAACACACAUCAACUUUGGAGACAACAGCAUUGGUCAUAAGGAUGUGUGGCAUGGCAGUUUGGACAUUCUUUUGGGACCAGUUGCAGUUAAAGUAGCCCCAUCUGAUGAUGAAUCAAGUGAAAAAAGCAACUCAGCAUUUGAAUUAGAAACUGGAGAAUUGGAGGAAUGUAGGAAUCAGCUAAUCUCACAGUGCAUUACAUUCUCAUAUCUCCAGAAUGCUGGACUUAUUCCACUUGUUAGUUUGUCGGAACAUUCCUUAAAAAUAUUUUUGUUUGACCCAAAGUCUGAUAUGCUGUAUGAAAGUUUAGAAUUAGACAUAUUUGACGAAUUUGGACACAUCAGUCUGACAGCAAUAAUAGUUCUUUGGCUUGUUAUUAACCAUGCAGUGUUUUGCACAGGUGUUAAGGAUUCUCACGAAAAACUAGGUUAUACAUCAGAUUUUAAGUCAUUAGUUCAAGAGGAAAACCCAGUUCUUCCAGUGUAUGAAAAGGAUUUACAUCGGAGUGGAUUAAAGCAUGUUAAUAGCACUGUUUGGAAAUAUACAGCCUUGUACAAUAUACAUAACCAUGACAACCUUUUCAGUCUGGAUGUUUUUGAUGCAGAGUAACUGUCAAAAAGUUCAAAAGUAUGGUGAAUGUAAUACAAGUCAAAUAAAAAUUGUGUUGUUUUUAGCUCAGUAGAGCACACUGUGUUCAAGGUGAGCUGUUGUUAUCACUCAUCGUCUGUUGCAUGUCUGUCCGUCCAUCCAUCAACAUUUUCUCCAGAGGACAUCCCUGGUACCAUAUGUAGGAAACUGAUGAAGCUUGGCCUAGAUGUUCCUUGUGAGUUAAGUGUUCAAACAUUUCCUCUUGGUUGCACAUAUGGGCUGGCUGCAAGACCUAAAAUUGAAAAGUAUUUAAACAACACCUCCCAAACUACUAGUCCAAUUUUAAAAUAAUUUCAUGAACAUGUUUCUCACGUUACCCUCUACCACGAUUGUUCAGAUUUUUACAAUUUGUCAAAAAACAUGGCCACUAGGGUGCAUUGUCACUUUACCCUAUAUGAACACGGUGGAAAUUUUAAAAAUCAUAAAUAAGAAACUGUUGGCCUAGUUUUAAAGUUAUAACACACUAAUGAUCCUUAAGUAACACACUCCCAAGAUUGUUAGAUUUUUAGCUCACCAGAGCACAAAGUUCUCAAGGUGAGCUAUUGUGACCGGUCAAUGUCAGGGGGCGUGCGACGUCCGUCAACAAUUGCCUUGUGAACACUCUUGAGGCCACAUUUGUGACCCAAUCUUUAUGAAACUUGGUCAGAUUGUUAGUCUUGAUGAUUUCUAGGUCAAGUUCAAAACUGGGUCAUGUGGAGUUAAAAACUAGGUCAGUAGGCCAGAUCAAAGGAAAAGCUUAUGAACACUAGAGGCCACAUUUGUUACCCAAUCUUUAUGAAACUUGGUCAGAAUGUUAGACUUGAUGAUUUCUAGGUCAAGCUCGAAACUGGGUUAUGUUGGGUCAAAAACUAGGUUAGUAGGCCAGAUCAAAGGAAAAGCUUGUGAACACUAGAGGCCACAUUUGUGGCCCAAUCUUUAUGGAACUUGGUCAGAAUGUUUGUCUUGAUGAUUUCUAGGUCAAGUUCGAAUCUGGGUCAUGUGGGGUCAAAAACUAGGUCACACUGUCAUAUCAAAGGAAAAGCUUUCGAACACUUCAGAGGCCACAUUUGUGACCCAAUCUUUAUGAAACUGGGUCAGAAUAUUUGUCUUAAUUAUUUCUAGGUCAAAUUUGAAACUGGGUCAUGUUGGUUCAAAAACUAGGUCUCUAGGCUAGAUCAUAAGGAU